ACACUGUCGCUAAAUCAAGGCGCGCAUUACGUAUGCGUAAAAAUUGUAUUGUAAUUUUAAUAAUAAUUUGAGUCAAAGUUCACUAUUCCAAUAUCACACUGAAUAAUGAAGCAAUAGAUAACUGGAAACGUUGUAAAAUGGAGAGUGUUACGAACUUUUCUGUGUCGCUAAUAAAGGGGUUUAUAGACAGUCUACGCGGGGUAACAGUACUUUUAUACCUUGACAAAGAAAUAAAUGAACGAGCCCUCAGCCGCUCUCCACAAAUUGAAUCUGAAAAUAACAAAUAUAAACAGAAAAACGUGAAAGUCAAACAAGAAUCAAAAGUACUGACAAGAGUUUUACAGUCAUGCAUUCUUAACGGUUUUAUAUUUUUGCUGAGUAUUCUCGUGUUCGAGUAUGCUCUGUUACCAGCGGUGAGGUACUUAGUGCUGGCUGUGUUCGGUCACGACCCGGGCGUUGCACACAAUGUAUGGGCUUGGAUGCAGCCCUUUCUGUCCAUGACAUUCAGGAUGAUUUGGGUGCUUCCACUAUUUUUAUUGAGCAAACUGGUGAAUAGUUUGUGGUUUCAGGACAUAGCGGAUUCGGCGUACAGACACCGGCGCGGUCGGCCGCAAUUUAUGUCAAGCGUCAGCAAAAUCAUUGCCGACUCACUUUUCAGUCUUCUAGUGCAAGCUUUGUUCCUAGUUCAGAGUAUGGUGGUGAGCAUGCUGCCGAUAGCAUAUGUGGGCGAGCUACUGUGUCUGGUUCACAUGUGCUUGUUAUACUCACUGUACUCGUUCGAAUACAAGUGGUUCAACAUGGGCUGGGAACUGCACAAGCGGCUAACAUUCAUCGAGACUAACUGGCCGUACUUCCUCGGCUUCGGUCUGCCGCUCGCUGUACUCACGCAGAUACCAAACUCUUAUAUAAUAAGUGGUUGUGUAUUCUCCAUUUUCUUCCCGGUGUUCAUUUUGAGCGGGAACGAGGCAACCCCUGUCAUUGGAAGCGAAUAUCCACUGAGGUUAUUCUCACCGGUGGUGGCGAUCUCUAACGGCAUGUUCCGGCUCGCACGACGCACCGCUGACGUCGACAGGAAGAGCUGAUAGCGGAAACUACUCGUACUAUACCUACCUUAAAAGUCCUUAUUUAUACUUUUUACAAACUUUAAACCAAUUUAAAUCCAUGUUAUGUUACAUAUUAUACAUAGUAUAAUAUUAUGUGAGUAAAUCAAUUUGUGCAAAAAUAUUGGAGCCGUGAACAAUUUGUAUGAUGGCAUGACUUAUCUAUAUAAAAUAGGUGCAAGUAAAGCAAUUGAAAUUGUAGUGUUUAUGAACUGCCAUAAGAGUUUGUUGAAAUUAAGGAUUUCUGUGUGAAGUCACGCAUGAGGGCAGCGCGGUGGACUUCCCUGUCCCUAUAUUCUCUUAAAUAUGAGGGAGCUUUGGGAUUUUUUUUAGGUUGUUACAUUAUUGUAAGACAAGAUUUCUAUGGCUUCAUUAAUCAAUGUAUCAAAUAUUAUACUGAAUGAAAUGAAAAUUGUACUUAGUAACUUGUUUCUUUUACAAAAUAUAUAUAAAAAUGUUUUUUUUUAACAUUUAGGUUAGCCCUAAUUGUUAAAAAAAUAUUCACAAGUAUGUUAAUUACGUUACCAAUUUUUAAAUAAAAAUUCAUAAAAAUUAUGAUUUAUAAAAAAAUUUGCAAAAAAAAUAUAAGACUUAUUUAAAGGAAAGACUGUAAUAUAAUUGAAGGUAUCGUAGGUAUAUGAUUUGUAUGUUUGUACCUAUAAUAUAAAAGUUUUUCGUGUAUAUAAUAUUAUAGAACAUGCUUCUCUAUGAAGAAGUUUUGUAGCUUUAUAUUUAUUAUUUUAGUUUUUUCAUAGCUGUAGAAGUUUGUGAAUGAAAUUUAAUAAUUUUAUUUUAUAUGGAUAUAUUUUUAAAGUGUUCAUGGAAUAUUGAAACGGAUUGUUGGAAUUUUAGUUUGAGUUAUUGCAUAGUUUUGAUGCACGGUGUAAAAGUCUUUACUUGUUGGCGAAAGUUUUUAAAUCACUUUUAUAGGAGCUCUUAAGAUUUAUAAAAAUAUAGAUAUUCAUAGCUUGCUGAAAUUAAUUUAUAGUUUAAUAAUUUUUUUUGUUUUUUAAUUUUUAACCACUGCAUCUUUGGCUGGAACCUGCAACUGUAUAAAAGAAUUGUCUCUAAGGUAUAAAUUUCCAUAUUAUACAUUUUUGAACCAACUGUGAAUUGGAUUGUUGUUACAUCCAACACAUGUUGACUUCAUUGGUGUUUUUUAUAAAUAUAAAUAUUAAUUUUAUGGUACCAGCCUAGCAGCCAGCAUGUGCGCAGCGGCAAUGUGUCAUACAUGAAUAUAAAAUAUGUAAAAGUUUUUUUUUAAAUUAUAAUUUAAAAAUGUUUUUUUUUUUUUAAGUAGCUCAGAGUCAGAAUAUUUAUUGCCUGUGCAUGUUCAAUUUGCGGGUGACAUUGCAAUUAAAUGUUAUACGGUUUACUCAUGUCGGGUGUGCAAUAAUUAAGAAACAAAAACUUUAUUUAAAUUAUAAAAAAACAUUAUGGAGUCUUCAGAGGUGAUGUGGAGUCGGCUGCGGGUGUCCACGGACUGCAGUGGCCACUUACCAUCAAGUGAACAGUAAUUCGCUUGUCACUACAAUUUUCUUAAAAACAAAAACUUAUGGCUUGAUUUCUGAUAAAAUACAACAGCUAGGGCGCUUCUUCUGGACUUUAUAUGGCAAUCAAUAGCAUAUUCAUGUCAUCUGUAACAAACAUUAACUUUGAUAAAUAUUUGUUUAAAUUAAAUGUUAUCUCGAUAUAAUAUUUCUAUUGUAUAUAAUAUUUUAUAUACAAUGAAACAAGGUCCGUUAUUUUAUGAAUUAGUUUAUACGACAUAGGUUAUUGGAAUACGGUUUUUAAUUAUUUUGUUUGGUUUAAAAUAUUAUACAACAUUGUGCUGUGCCACAUUGAUUUGAAACAAAAAUUAUCAAUUGUGUUAAUUUAUAAUUAAUCUGCAUGAAAAUUCACUUAUUUAUAUUUUAUUAUUUUUUGAAUUACUUCACAUUAUUAUGAAACGGUAUAAAUUACUUAAACUAUGAAUUUUAUGCCAAUAAAGCUUAUUUGGGGAUUGUUUAUUAAGUUAUAAUUUAUACAGGGAUACUGCAAAUAUAUUUAAUUAAGUUUUUAAUGUAUUAUAUAUUUAAAUAUUUAUACGCUCAUACCCAAUAGUAUAAAAUUAAAAGUUGUAAUAAUAUCAAGAUGGUGCCUGGAUAUUAGAUUUAAAUUGAUAAUAUUGUAACACUAGUUACGCUUUGUGUAAGGCGCACCUUACUUAUAUGAUAAUCACUCUCAUCCUGAUGCGUCUGUAAUUUCAGCCAAUUGUGAUUAAUUUAUUUUACAUGACAUAAUUUAUUAAAUUAAAAUGACUGAAGAAUAAAC